AUGCGAAGUUAUAGCCAAAACGCGCAGUCUGCGCUUCUAAAAGCUGUACGUGUUUACGGUCCUCGUUUACCCUACGAGCACCCGUUCUUUGAAAAGGACCUCCCACUCACCGAUAAUGCCCCUCAGGUCAAGCGAGUAUUCGAACCGAAACGCAUGAUUGAGUCUUUUGAGGAUCUCAAUGAUGGCGUUACACUUGGUUUAAUCUUACACCAACUGGACGAAACCUUUGAUCCGUCCUCCCUCGAGACAAAUUCCAACAACUACCUUGUUACCAAGCGCAACUUCCAGCACAUCUACAAGAGCCUCUUCCGGUAUAUUCGACGCGAUGUUCAAAUUCUUAACUGCCAGGCCAAGAAGUUCAACUAUCAUGAAAUCGCCAAGCAUCCCGAUCCUCAAGACAUCUGUCAGGUAUUCCCCCCACGCUUUGCAUCCAAUUCGCAAUUCCUUUUGAAGCUAACUGUGCAGCUCCUGGCUGUUAUGCUCGGGGUGGCCUUCCUGGGACCCAAUAGAAACAACUACGUCCCUCGUAUAACAAUGCUCGACAAGCCCGCCCAAUUAGAGAUCAUGCAAAUCAUCCAGAACAUGCAGCAAGAUAGCAAGGACUCGCCAGGCGACGACUAUUCGGAUGAGGCGAUCGAUACAGUUAUGGAGGAACGAGAUAUCGAUCUACUCUUUGAAGAGCAGAACGCAGCCUUGCGCUCAGAGCUUGAUUUGACCAAAAGCCGACUCUCAGACUACAUAGUCAGGCUUGACCAUCUCCAAAUAAGCCACGAAGAGCUCCGGUAUGAUAAGGAGAAGAAUGACCGUGAGCUUGAGGUCUUGCGGAAAGCCACUAUAGAUGGUGCUAACAAUGCCGAAAUAAUCAAGAACCUGGAAAUUCAGGUGCAUGACCAGAUGGAACUCAUCGCCAGGCAGGAGGAAACGAUGCGCAGGGAUGAGCGAAUCAAGUCACAGCUAGAAGCGGAGGUUCAGAAGUUGACACUGAAGUGCCAAGAGACCGAAGAGCUUCGCGAUCAAGCAACUGAGUGGAAGCACAAGGCCGAAGACUUUGAGAAGAGAGCCAAUACUGCGGAUCGGUACAAGCAGAAGCUCGAGUCGCAGCAGUAUCUUGUUAAAGAGGUGCAAAACCUCCAAUAUGAAAAGACUGAGCUACAAGAUCAGAUCAAAAUCCUGCUGGAUGACCAAGACAGGGGAGCUCGCACCAAAAAGGCCGAAGAUGAGUUGACCAAGAUGAUUACUCAGUCAGAGCAGCACCUUUGGGAUGAACGUAGCCAGAAAAAUCAGUUGAUAAAGGACAUCACGGCUCUAGAAGACGAAGUUAUUCGUUUGAGGGCUCGGCAAAGCCAUGACGAGAACUUCAUCAAGGACCUUCAGGAGCAGCUGGAAACUGGCGCAGGUUCUCAAAGCGCUGCGCCUGGCGAAAGUCUUGGACUAAGUCUUGAGGAUGAACUUAAUGAUGCAGUUACUGAGGACGCCCCGCCUGGCCAAGUUAACCUUCCCCUAGAAUUGUCUCGCCUAAAGGCUGAGAACGACUUGCUGCGCAGUACAAUCGGCUCUGGAGAUACUGCGCCGCUGCGCCGAGAGUUGGAUGAAGAGAAACGACAACGUGCUCACUUACAGAAGAACUAUAACGACAUAUUCGAAAAGCAUGCUGUACUACAAGAUCAAAUGGAGGCUUUGAUCAACAACAUGACCGGUGAAGGGUUAGUCAAAGCAAUCGAUGAGGCUUGUCGCUCUAAUGGAACACACAUACUUACAUCGGACUACUACAGAACCAAAGCAUUCCUUAACAUCAAACAGUCACAUCUGCAGCUCGAGUUUGAGCUUGAGCAAUCCAAGAAACGAGAGAAGGAUCUUUCUGCUCAGGUGUCAGACCAAGGCCGUGAUCUUCUUGCUGCUAGGGCCCAACUCUCGGCUCUCGACAAGGAAGGUGCCGAUGCCCUCAAGGAGCUCAAGAGUGCUGAUGUUGUCAUCGUCUCGUCUCUUAAGUCUGAGCUCGAUCAUGCACGAGAACAGCUCAGUUACAGCACUGCAGAAAAAGAGGCGCAGCAGACCCAACUUGUUGAAGCUCUUCUUGCCAAGGAUAAGUUACGCAAAGAGGUCGAGGAGGGCAGGGAACUGCAAGACAUCACUGGCAAUGGCGAAGGUGACGCCCUUGAUGGCAGCAAGAAGGGCGAGUUGAUUGAGAAGCUACGCAAUCGACUUAGAGAAAUUCGCGAGGUGAGUCCCUUUCUAAAUGCAAUCAUGUAUGGCGAUGAAGAGGACCAAGUGACCUCGGAAGACAAGCUAUGGGGCGAAGCCGAUGAAGCUUGGCCGGCGUGUUCAAGACCAGCAGGUUCUGAGACGAGUGUGCCGCCGAGUCCAGCUUCCACGGAGGGUGGAUUCCCAGCCCCGUUGCCUGCGGACCUGUCCCAAACUUCUCUCAAGCGAACAGAAGAAACGGAUUCGUUCGAGGCCCAGAUCUUUGAUGGGUCAUUGUUUGCUAACAGGUAUUCCUAG